GCCAACCACGUGGUUUUGUUAUUACAGGAAGUGAAGAUGGCCGCUCAGUCGUUUCUCUCCGAGUCGGCUCUCGGCUGGUCUAUUUUCACCUUUGUACUUUUGGUCAUCCUCGCUUUCUGUUGGGUCUACAUUCGCAAAUUUCAAAGUCGCCAAGAAAGCGAAGUUGUUUCAACCAUCACAGCAAUAUGCGCACUGGCCAUUGCACUAAUAUCUUCAGCACUUCUACCAGUGGAUAUUUUCCUUGUCUCCUUCAUGAAGUACCCAAAUGGCACAUACAAGGAAUGGGCAGCAAACAAUGAGACAAGAGCACAGAUUGAGGACACAGUCCUGUAUGGAUAUUACACACUCUACUCCAUCAUUCUGUUCUGCGUCUUUUUAUGGAUCCCUUUUGUUUAUUUCUACUAUGAAGAAAGAGAUGAUGAAAACGUCAACACAUGCUCGCAAGUCAAAAACGCUCUGAAGUACACAGUUGGAUUUGCCAUUGUCUGUGUGGCGCUGCUAUUAAUUGGAGCAUUUGUUCCACUUGAGCCUCCACCGCAAAAGAAUGCCACCCAGUGGGAGAAAGUUCAAUACCUUUUUGAAGAGCUAGGCAGUGGCCAUGGUCUAACUGCUCUGGCUUUCUCCAUCAGCUCAUUGACCUUGAUUGGGAUGCUGGCAGUGAUCACUUACACAGCAUACGGUAUGUCUGUGUUGCCUUUGAAUCUGAUAAAAGGCACACGGAGUGUGGCUUAUGAACGCCUGGAGAACACAGAGGACAUUGAUGAUGUCGAGCAUCAGAUCGAGAAGCUGAAAUCCAAGUGUAAAGAUGGCCGCCCCUUGUCAUCAAGAGACAGAAACAACCUGCAGGAGCUGGAAGGCAAGCUGCAGGUUCUCCGACGCAGAGGGAGGCACCUGGAAAUUGCAGAGAGGACCUGCUGCAACAAAGUCGGCAGCGCUCUUAGACCUUUCAAGAUAAUAUUGGGCAUUUUCUUCAUCCUGGUUGCUUUGCUGUUCACUGUUGCCCUGUUCAUUUCAAAUUUGGAUAAAGCUCUGCACUCUGCUGGAAUCAGCUCUGGAUUCAUAAUCUUUGGUACCAAUCUAACCAAUCCUUUGAAUGAACUUCUAUUAACCUUACAACCUGUUUUUCCGUUGGAUUACAUCCUGAUUACAAUCAUCACAAUGUAUUUUGUCCUCACGUCCAUGGCUGGUAUUCGCAACAUGGGUAUCUGGUUCUUCUGGAUAAGGCUCUACAAAAUCCGGCCUAAAAAAACCCGUCCACAGGCUCUCCUCUUCCUCUGCAUGAUUCUUCUCUUGAUUGUUCUCCAUACCAGCUACAUGAUCUACAGUCUUGCCCCUCAGUACGUCAUGUAUGGCAGCCAGAAAUAUCUCUUACAGAAUCCCUCAUCAGGCCUUACGUCGGGGAAUGCUUCUUUUGGCACGACAAGGGUCUGUGAUGCCGACGCGCCCGAGGACCAGUGCAUUGUGACAAGAUCCUACCUUUUCCUUCACAAGUUUUGGUUCUUCAGUACCAUCUACUACUUUGGUAACUGGGCCUUUAUUGGGGUGUUCCUCAUCGGGCUCGUGGUGUCGUGCUGUCGAGGGAAGAAGUCUGUGAUUGAAGGCGAGGUGGAGGCCGAUGACUCAGACGUCAGCGAUGAUGAAUAUGUGCACUGAGGUUCAAUAUUGUAACACGCACACACACAGCACAUCUCGCCAUAACUUAAAGGAGGAAGCUUCUAAGUACAAUUUGGCGUGUCAUUAAUUCCUCCUCUGUUUGUUAUUGUGCUUCGAAACAAUAUUACCAUAGAUUUAAAACGAGCAUUUGUCAUUUGCCGAGUACUUUCAAGAACAGGGUUUGCUGAAGUUUUUCAACUCAAGACUCAAAUGUACACAGUGCAUCGCUAUCCCGUGGGCAUAUAUUUAAACUCACUUGCACACUUUAGUACAUUAAACAUGAAUUGAUAAAUGCUUUAAAAAGAAAUAGGGAGGCUGCUACCUUUUUAAAUAAUGCCUGUUCUAAUAACCCUUUCAAAAACCGAAUAGUCAUGUGGCUUUUUCUUUAACUGCUGUAAGAAAAGUGUAUUUUUAAAAUGUGAAUGAAAUACUGUACAUUGGUAUUUAAUCGCCCCUCUUUAAUGGAAAGUAUUAUGCAUGUCAUAUUACAACGUGCCCAUUUUACGUUUCAUACUUCAUGAACUUGGUCUCGUUACAAGAGAAGAAAAAUCAAGAAUAUUCCCUAAGUUUAUUGCACUGAAUGUCUUCAUCUUUUUAUUAUGAUUUUAUUCCAUUCAAAGCAAAUAGUGCAUCAUUGUGAUGUACAAAAAAGAGCAGCCACUCAUUGAGUUACUACAUAAAUUAUGAUCAUGAUGGGAAAGUGCCUGAUGAAUAUAAAUGCAAUGAAGGGCACAUAAGCUGUUUUCUUUAAGAGAAAUUAUCCAAAUGAUUAUAAUAUUGUGUAUUUAGCAUUAAACGGUACAUAUAUUUAAAGAAAUAAAUGCUUCUGAAA